UCUCCUUUUAUACUCAAACCAUCGUCUUUCCAAUUUCUCUAUAAUUCCAGAGCUUUCGUAGCCUCCUGUUUUUUUUUCUCUCACUCUGAUUUAAAACAAAAAUAAAAUAAAAAAUUGCAAAAACUUUCUAUUCAUUUCCUCAGCUAUUGUUUGUUUGUUUUUUUCUUUUUCUUUUUCGAAUUUCCUUUUCCAACCACCAACCUUGAGCUUCACGUUUAAUUUUGUCCUUGUUCUGUAGUUCCAUUCCUUGUUUUCUUCUCGUUUCAAGCGUGUUCCGUGCGUAAUUCCUGGGUGGAACCAUUGCAGAGAGCUGUAAAGUGUUCCAAUUUGCCAGGAAUUCGAACAAGAGAUUGGUUUCCUAGCUUUCUUUGUUCGAAUUCUUUGUACGUCGGAUUAUUUGAAUUUUCAAAAUACUGAGAAAAUCGCUGCCUUUCAAUCAAUGCUGCUAUCGACCGUUUUGAAAUUCAUUUAUCUGUGAGAUCCAAAGUUUCUUAAUAUGGACAGCUCGGAGACAUAAUUUCGGACCAUUAAUUGACUUUGAACUAGGCAACUCAGCAAUAAUCUGAAAUUACGUACAAUCUUCUUCUGCAAGGACAAAAUGGCUUUUGAAAUCAGUUCUGUUGUUUCAAAAUUGCAAAUGGUAUCCACUUCCGACCAUUCCUCCGUAGUCUCCAUGAACUUAUUUGUGGCACUUCUAUGUGCUUGUAUUGUCAUUGGUCAUCUUCUUGAGGAGAAUCGGUGGAUGAAUGAGUCUAUCACUGCCCUUUUGAUUGGUCUUUGCACUGGCGUAGUCAUUUUGCUGUUUAGUGGUGGCACAAACUCGCAUAUUCUUGUUUUCAGUGAAGACCUUUUCUUUAUAUACCUUCUGCCGCCUAUUAUAUUUAAUGCCGGGUUUCAGGUGAAAAAGAAGCAAUUUUUUGUUAACUUCAUUACAAUCAUGUUGUUUGGUGCUAUUGGUACAUUAAUAUCUUGUACCGUCAUAACUUUGGGCGUUACGCAAGCUUUUAAGAGGAUGGAUAUUGGUCCACUGGAGAUUGGGGAUUAUCUAGCAAUUGGUGCAAUAUUUGCUGCGACAGAUUCUGUUUGCACGUUGCAGGUGCUAAAUCAGGAUGAGACACCUUUGCUGUACAGUCUUGUAUUUGGGGAGGGUGUUGUGAAUGAUGCUACAUCGGUGGUGCUUUUCAAUGCAAUCCAAAGCUUUGACCUCAACCAAAUUGAUCCUACAAUUGCUUUGCACUUCAUUGGCAACUUCUUAUAUCUGUUUAUCGCGAGUACCAUGCUUGGGGUUUUGACAGGUCUUCUUAGUGCUUACAUUAUUAAAAAGCUGUACAUUGGCAGGCACUCUACAGAUCGUGAAGUUGCUCUUAUGAUGCUAAUGGCAUACCUCUCCUACAUGCUGGCUGAAUUAUGUUAUCUGAGUGGCAUUCUCACUGUAUUCUUUUGUGGGAUUGUUAUGUCGCAUUAUACUUGGCAUAACGUGUCUGAGAGUUCAAGAAUCACUACUAAGCAUGCGUUUGCAACCUUGUCGUUUGUUGCUGAGAUCUUUAUCUUCCUUUAUGUUGGUAUGGAUGCCUUGGACAUUGAAAAAUGGAGGUUUGUCAGUGAUAGCCCUGGAACAUCUGUAGCAACGAGUGCAGUAUUGUUGGGUCUAGUACUUGCUGGAAGAGCAGCUUUUGUUUUCCCCUUAUCCUUCUUAUCCAAUUUGACUAAAAAAUCACCAAAUGAUAAAAUCUCCUUCAGACAGCAAGUGAUCAUUUGGUGGGCUGGUCUCAUGAGAGGUGCUGUUUCAAUUGCACUCGCAUAUAAUCAGUUCACCAUGUCGGGACAUACUCAACUGCGAAGCAAUGCAAUCAUGAUUACUAGCACCAUCACUGUUGUGCUUUUCAGCACAAUGGUGUUUGGUUUGAUGACUAAGCCGCUCAUAAGGCUUUUACUGCCUCAGGACCCUCAUUCUAAAGGCACAAACAGCAUGACAAGCACAGAUCCCUCUACUCCAAAAUCAUUCAAUGUCCCACUUCUAGGAAGUGCUCAGGAUUCAGAAGCCGAUCUUGAUAGCAGAGUUCCUCGUCCAAGCAGCAUUCGUGCCUUACUAAGCACUCCAACACACACUGUUCAUCGUUUAUGGCGUAAGUUUGAUGACGCCUUCAUGCGUCCCGUUUUUGGUGGCAGGGGCUUCGUUCCUGUAGAACCUGGCUCACCAAAUGAACGCAAUGGUCAUCCAUGGCGUUGAGAAGAAAGCCAAUAAAUAUGUGAAACGCAUUGUGAAUUGCAUACAUUUUGUGGAGAUAAAGCAAGGGCAUGUUUAAGAAUACCUUAAUGAAAUUUUGUUUAGCUCUUUGGGUAGCGAGAACUGAGAAGGCUGUGUACCAUAAUUCUUCUCUGCGUCUCCUGCAAACUAGAAUAUUUGAAUAGAUUUUCUGACCCAUCAUUAUCAUUGCACUAAAUUUUAUUAGCUAAAGCUAAAUAUUUUAAUUUCAAAAAAAAAAAAAAAAACUAAAUAUU